UGUCGCACACUGUUAACAUUCAUACACCUGCGAGCUGUUUAAGGCAGUGCAGACUCAUCGCCGAAAAAAAAUCUCUACCCCAAAACACCGUUUUAUUCUUAUCGUGGAGGAUUACGCGGGGUUAAUUUUGCGAUUGCUUGACGUACAUUGCGCGAGCUCACCACCCCAGCAAUAUGAUUAUAACGCUGAAAAACUUACAGCAGCAAACGUUCACGAUAGAGAUCGACUCGUCGCAAACUGUCAAAGAUCUCAAGGAGAAGAUCGAAACGCAGAAAGGUUUCCCCGCCGAACAUCAGAAGUUGAUAUAUGCUGGGAAAAUAUUAGCGGAUGAGCAGCCUUUAGCAGAAUAUAAUAUCGAUGAGAAGAAAUUUAUAGUUGUUAUGGUAACAAAGCCUAAAACUGGUGCUACACCUAAAACAAGCGAAGAACAACGCGCAGAGGGUGAUAAAAAGGAGGAAUCUACUAGCUCAGCAACUACACAACCUAGUUCAAACCCUAAUGUUCAGGAUACUACACGAGCAGCUAGUAAUGUGCAAGAGCAACCCGUAGCAGCUACUCCAGCGGCUGGUCAAGCAGAAAGUGCCUUGCUAAUGGGAGAGGAUUAUAAUACCAUGGUAAACAACAUUAUGGACAUGGGGUAUGAACGUGAGCAGGUUGUACAGGCAUUGCGCGCAAGUUUUAACAACCCUGAUAGAGCUGUCGAGUAUCUCAUAACAGGUAUACCAGCGCAACUCUUCGAAGACCCACCUGAAGAUCCACCAGAAGCUCAAGAAUCACAGCUUCAGGAUCAGAGUCAAGAUCCUUUGGCCUUUUUACGUUUGCAGCCACAAUUUCAACAAAUGCGUCAGGUCAUUCAGCAAAAUCCACAGCUGCUGAACAAUCUUCUUCAACAAAUUGGUUCCACUAAUCCUGCCCUUUUACAGCUUAUUUCUCAAAAUCAGGAAGCAUUUGUACGCAUGCUCAACGAACCUGUGGAACCUACCUCAGGAACAGGGGCGCGAGUUUUACCAUCUGGAGGAGGCGUAGGACCAGCGGCUGCUGCUACUGCAGGAGGCGCUGUGAAUGGUGGACCUGGCGCGGGUGCAGCAACGGGUUUAGGGUCUGGUUUAAUACAGAUAACACCACAAGACAAAGAAGCUAUUGAGAGGUUGAAGGCAUUAGGUUUUCCAGAACAUUUAGUCGUACAAGCAUAUUUCGCCUGUGAAAAGAACGAAAAUCUCGCUGCUAACUUCCUACUUUCGCAAAACCUUGACGACUGAAUCGCUCAUUUUGAUCUUGCGCGGUGUUUCGAAUAAACAACGGGACUGACAGAGGGUGGAUGAUC